AUGCUGGGGACCCUAGAAGUAGAUAAGAAGAAGGAUUGGCCGGAUUAUGUUACAGGAAUAGUCCAUGCUUAUAACGCUACCAAACACUUAACUACGGGAUACUCACCGUCAUAUCUCAUGUUCGGGAGGAACCCAAGACUACCCCAGGAUGUGACUCUUGGCCCGGACCCCGUACAUGACCCACAGCCGUACGCUGCAUAUAUAGAGAACCUCCGCGACAAGCUGACAGAUGCAUAUUCUCGAGCACAACAGGAGAUAGAAAAGAAAGCCGAGGCUAAUAAGCGCCGGUAUGAUGCACUAAGUGAAGACCUCGCUCUCCAGCCUGGGGACAGAGUCCUGGUGAGAAACCUCAAGCACAAACUGCAGGAUCGAUGGGAGGAUGUCCCAUAUCGAGUCGUUCGCCGCUCUGGGGAGCAGCCGGUGUGCGUGGUACAACAUGAGCAGAGUGGGAAGAAGAGAGUCCUCCACUUCAACAUCCUACUGCCCUAUCGAGCGGAGCGGGCAGGCCCCGAACCCAGAAAGCAACACGGGCGGAAAUAUCCCCCGCGCAGACAGCAGGAGGACGACACGGAAAGCUCUGCUAGCGACUCACAUAGCUCCUGGUUGGACUUCGUCGCGACUGAGCUCAAUCCGUUAGCGGUUCCGUUUACCAUGGAUGAAGAAGGUGAAGAGCCGGAGGUGCACAUUCAACAAGAAUAUGACAAUGAUGUUCAGGAGUCAGAGUCAGGAGGGGAAGCAGCUGAGAAGCGUCCUGACAGACUUCGGCCGAGGAGGGUAGUGAGACCUCCUGCUCGCCUCAUUUGCGACCCAGUGUGGUCACAGCAAGUAUCGACACUGAACUAUGGUAUCACAAUUUUGCCAUAG